CAUUUCUUGACUCGCCCAACAGAGUACAUCACCAAUCUGCUUUUCUAGUGGAAAAGUUUGAACUUUCAAGAACUUGCUAAUUUUGAAACAAUAAGAAUAGUUGCACUCCUUGAGAAAAGAAGUCCUUUUACGGCUCUAUCUCAGAUAUGAAUCUUGAAAUGACUUCAAUAUUAUGGAACUAAAGCUCAUUAGCAACGGCUAGCCCUAUUUCCAGCAAGCCAAACUGUCAUUUCCUGGCUCCCAUAUGUCACUAUAAGAUACUAGUCAAACCCACAAAAAUCCAACCUCGGUAUCUGUUGUAUACCUCUUUUUCCACAUUAUAGAUCAGUCAAACAAAAAGUGGGUUAUAUGGGUACAGUUUAUACGUGGCAGUGAGCCUCUUGAGUUUUGAGUGGUGAUCAAUAUCAGGAAAUUUAGUACUUUUGUCUUAAUUUUGCUUCUCUUUCUCAUUAGCCAAACUGCUUCCUUGGAUCAUUGCUUCAAUUUAUCACGCAUGAGCUAUAAGAACUUCACAAAUUCUGCAGAGUAGCCAGUUCCAAAGAAUAGGCAAAGAAGAGAACAUUUGUAAGAAGUCAUGGCAGAAGAGGAUAUAUAUACAAAAGAUGGGACAGUGGAUUACCGUGGGAAUCCUGCUAAUAAAAAGGAAACUGGAACAUGGAGAGCCUGCCCCUUCAUAAUAGGAAAUGAAUGUUGUGAAAGAUUAGCCUAUUAUGGGAUGAGCUCCAAUUUGGUUCUUUAUUUCAAGAACAUAUUAAAUCAGGACAGUGCUACUGCCACUAAAAAUAACUCUGAUUGGAGUGGAACAUGCUAUACCACACCGCUGAUCGGAGCAUUUUUGGCUGAUGCUUUUCUAGGAAGAUAUCGGACUAUUGCAAUUUUCAUGAGUAUUUAUGUCAUUGGGAUGACGCUUUUAGCUCUGUCAGCAUCAGUCCCAGGUCUAAAGCCAAAAUGUUAUUCAAAAAAUGACUGUGAUCCGACUGAUGGACAAAGUGCAGCAUGCUUUGUAGCACUUUACCUGAUAGCACUAGGCACUGGAGGGAUUAAGCCUUGUGUGUCGUCAUAUGGAGCAGAUCAGUUUGAUGAUACAGAUGAGGUUGAGAAGAAGCACAAAGGCUCUUUCUUCAACUGGUUCUACUUCUCAAUUAAUGUCGGAGCUCUUAUUGCUUCUUCCGUGCUUGUUUAUGUACAAGACAACUGGAGUUGGGGAUGGGGUUUUGGCAUUCCUGCAAUAGCCAUGUUAAUUGCUCUUACAAGCUUCUAUUUAGGUACUAGAUUGUAUAGAAACCAAAAACCAGGAGGCAGCCCUCUUACACGUCUCUUCCAGGUGAUAGUGGCAUCCAUUAGGAAAUACAAAGUAAAAGUGCCUGCUGAUAAGUCUCUGUUACAUGAGACAGCAGAUGCUGAAUCCAACAUCAAAGGGAGCCGCAAGGUUGAGCACACCAAAGAUUUCAGUUUCUUUGACAAGGCAGCAGUGGAAACCGAAAAAGAUAAUGUAAAAGAAUCAGUAGACCCAUGGAGACUUUCCACAGUAACUCAAGUUGAGGAGUUAAAAUCAAUCAUUCGGUUGCUUCCUAUAUGGGCUACUGGUAUAAUCUUCGCUGCAGUGUACAGCCAAAUGAGCAACUUAUUUGUAUUGCAAGGAGAUCAGAUGAAUAAAUAUGUUGGCAAUUCCAGUUUCAAGAUCCCAUCUGCGUCUCUUUCUGUUUUCGACACCCUUAGCGUCAUUUUCUGGGUUCCAAUCUAUGACAGAAUCAUUGUUCCAGUAGCAAGAAAAUUCACAGGCCAUAAAACUGGCUUGACUCAACUACAAAGAAUGGGAAUUGGCCUUGUGAUAUCAGUAUUUGCAAUGGUAUCUGCUGCAGUACUAGAAAUGAUAAGACUCGCAAUGGUUGAAAGACACAAUAUUUAUGAAGUUAAAGAAGUACCCAUAUCAGUAUUCUGGCAAGUUCCACAAUAUUUCCUUAUAGGAUGUGCAGAAGUAUUCACAUUCAUCGGACAAUUAGAAUUCUUCUACCAAGAAGCGCCAGAUGCAAUGAGGAGCUUAUGUUCUGCUUUGUCUCUUACCACAGUCGCACUUGGUAAUUACUUGAGCUCUCUUCUCGUACUAAGCUCUCUUCUCGUAACUAUUACCAUGAGCAUUACUGCAAAGAAUGGAAAACCAGGGUGGAUACCAGACAAUUUAAAUUAUGGUCACGUUGAUUACUUCUUCUGGGUAUGGGCAAUACUAAGUGUGCUAAAUUUAGUGGCUUUUCUUUUGAUAUCAAAGUGGUAUACAUACAAGAUUCCUGUGGGAACUCUUCGUUGAUCAUCAUCUCUUGGAUUUGCUGUUGUGUCGUUGAAAAAACUGUGAAAAAACAUAUCAUAGAAAAUAUAUCAUGUUAGUGAUGAAGAUUGUAUUUCUUUUACCAGAAAUGGGUAAAAUAUAAUUAAAAAUUUUACAACAAA